CCCGCGCUCGGCCCAGCCAUGGGCGACACCUUCAUCCGCAGCAUCGCCCUCCUGGGCUUCGAGAAGCGCUUCGUCCCCAGCCAGCACUACGUAUACAUGUUCCUGGUGAAGUGGCAAGAUCUGUCUGAGAAGUUGGUCUACCGGCGCUUUACCGAGAUCUACGAGUUCCACAAAAUGUUAAAGGAGAUGUUUCCUAUAGAGGCAGGGGACAUCAGCGCUGAAAACAGGAUCAUCCCCCACCUGCCAGCCCCAAGGUGGUUUGAUGGGCAGCGGGCCACGGAGAACCGCCAGGGCACGCUGACCGAGUACUUCAACGGGCUCAUGGGCCUGCCAGUCAAGAUCUCCCGAUGCCCCCACCUCCUCAACUUCUUCAAAGUUCGCCCAGAUGACCUUAAACUUCCCUCGGACAACGAGGUGAAAAAGCCAGAGACAUACCUGGUGCCUAAAGAUGGCAAGAGCAGUAUAGCUGACAUCACAGGCCCCAUCAUCCUGCAGACGUACCGCGCCAUCGCUGACUACGGGAAGAACUCGGGCUCGGAGAUGGCGCUGGCCACGGGGGACGUGGUGGACGUCGUGGAGAAGAGCCAGAGCGGCUGGUGGUUCUGCCAAAUGAAGACAAAGCGUGGCUGGGUCCCGGCAUCCUACUUGGAACCCCUGGACAGUCCCGAUGAGGCUGAGGACCCGGAGCCCAACUAUGAAGGUGAGUGCUACGUCGCCAUCAAAGCCUAUGACUCUGUGAUGGGGGAUGAGAUAUCCCUGCAGGAGGGUGAAACCAUCGAGGUCAUUCAUAAGCUCCUGGACGGCUGGUGGGUCAUCAGGAAAGACGAUGUCACAGGCUACUUCCCGUCCAUGUACCUGCAGAAGUCCGGUGAGGACCAGGCCCAAGCCCCUCGCCCGAUCAAGAGCCGAGGGGCGCCACCUCGCAGGUCGUCCAUCCGAAACGCGCACAGCAUCCACCAGCGCUCGCGGAAGCGCCUCAGCCAGGACACCUACAAACGAAACAGUGUUCGCUACUUGCAGCAGCGGCGCCGCCAGGCGCGACCCGGCGCGCAGAGCUCCCCGCGCCCGCCGCAGGAGCAGUCGCAGACCGACCGCGCGAAGCCGCAGCCCGCUGUACCCCCACGGCCCAGCGCAGACCUCAUCCUGCACCGCUGCAGCGAGAGCACCCGACGGAAGCUGUCGUCCGCCACUUGA